AUGAAUUUGGAAUUAAGUCAACAGUUUUCUGAAUCUGAAGUGUGGAAUGCGCUGGCAGAAAUGAACCCCUCUUUGGCACUAGGACCUGAUGGAAUGUCUCCUGCAUUCUUUCAGAAAUAUUGGCAUGUGGUAGGAUCUUCCAUGAAGGGUGCGAUCCUUCAAGCUUUAAAUACAGUUAAUGGCGUUCCCAAAGGGCCUAUUAUUCCUACUCGGGGGUUGAGACAAGGGGAUCAUUUAUCCCCUUAUCUUUUCCUCUUUUGUACUGAAGGUCUUUCUUCUUUGCUGAAUGCUGCUGGGGUUAGAAAGGAUGUUUCUGGGCUAAAAAAUUGCAGAAAUGCCCCUAACAUCAAUCAUUUGCUUUUUACAGAUGAUAGUGUUAUUUUUUGUAAGGCGGAUGUGGAAGAGAAUAAAAGGGAAAAAACAUCUACGGUUUUUAGCAAUAAUGUCAGCCACGAGUUACAGCAAGAGAUCCGUUCUUUGUGGGGUAAUGGGGAUAUCCAACAAUAUGAGAAGUAUCUUGGAUUGCCUCAAAUAGUGGGUAGAUCAAAAACCAGGGCAUUUCAAUCUAUAAAGCAACGGGUUUGGCAAAAAUUGCAAAGUUUGAAGGAAAAAUUAUUGUCUCAAGGGGGAAAGGAGAUCUUGCUCAAGGUUGUAACGCUUUCGAUUCCAACUUAUUCGAAGAGUUGUUUCUUAUUGCCUGCUUCUUUUUGUGCUGAAUUAGAGGGUCUCAUGUCAAAUUUUUGGUGGGAGCAAAAAAGAGAGGAAAGAAGGAUUCAUUGGGUUAGUUGGCGCAAGAUGUGUGAAGCUAAGUGUAGGGGUGGAUUUGGGUUUAAAAAUUUAAGAUUUUUCAACCUAGCUCUUUUGGCUAAACAAGGUUGGUGUUUACUGCAGAAUAAUAAUUUGGUGUUACAUAAGCUACUCAAAGCUCGGUACUUCUCUACGUCCAGUUUUUUAGAAUCUAAUUUGGGGCAUUGUCCAUCAUUUAAAUGGAGGAGUAUUUGGGAGGCAAAGCAUUGGCUAAAGGAGGGUUGCAUUUGGAGGAUUGGGGAUGGGCAAAAGGUUAAUUUAUGGCAUGAUAAAUGGCUGCCAGGUCAUCAAAACUUAGCUUCAGAACAUGGGGUGGUCGAGACUCACAGGGAGGAUGUUGUGGCAUCAGUUUUUCAGGUGGAUAAUCUGGGAUGGGAUAUUCAAAAACUAAGAACUCUCUUCAAUCCAAGUUUAGUGUGUGAAAUCAUGAAAAUUAUGGUAUUUUCGAGUGGUACAGCUGAUAAAUUGAUAUGGAAUUUUGAAAGAAAUGGGAUGUUUUCGGUUAAAAGCUGCUAUAGGUUGAUUAUGGACCUCUCUCGGCUUGAAAUUUCUGAAUCCUCUAAUAUUAGAUCUCAGCAGAAGUUGUGGAAAGCUUUAUGGAAGAUGCCGGUUCUGUUCUUUCCCGGUAGAGGAUUUACUGCAUGCAGUUUUCACUUGCGAUCAGAUGCUCAUAAAGCUGGAAUUGGUGCUAUAUUGCGUGAUUCUAUUGGGCAUGUUCUUAUGGCUGUUUCAAAAAUUGAGCUAGCUUUAGAAGAUCCUGAAACCGUGGAGCUCCUGGUUGUUUUUCGAGGCAUGCAGAUGUGUAUUUCCAUGGGUAUCUCGGCUCUUGAGGUGGAAAGUGAUUGCUUGCUCCUUGUUCAAGCUUUGCAACAGGAAGAUAUGACAAAUUCUUUGCCCGGCAAUUUGUUUUCAGAAGUGAAACGUUUAUGUGAUUAUUUUUCAAGUGUUUCCUUUGUUCAUGUGUAUAGAGAGGGCAAUAGAGCUGCUCAUCUACUUGCUAGAAAUGCUUGGAGAGUAGAGGAUAUUGAUAUGUGGUGGGAUAGUAUUCCAGACUUUCUUUCUCAAGCCUUAUGGUUUGAUAAAUGUCUGUAA